UUUUAUGUAUUGAUGAUCAAAAGGUCAACAUAUCAGUUCAGUAGGGACCAGAAAGAGAGAACUCAAUUGGGUUAUAAAAGUCAACUGAGGGAACUUAUUAUAAUCUCUAACAAUUGUAUGUACUGCUAUCCGCAUAACUUGGUUAUAACACAUUUUCUUGUCUACUCUUUGCAGACAGAAAGGGGAGAAGAGACUUGUUCUGAUCAGUAUUCUGGUUAGCCAUGGCCAGAGAUCAAUUACAGGUGCUCAAUGCACUUGAUGUAGCCAAAACACAAUGGUACCAUUUCACUGCAAUCAUAAUUGCUGGAAUGGGAUUCUUCACUGAUGCCUAUGAUCUUUUCUGCAUAUCCCUUGUGACCAAAUUGCUAGGCCGUAUCUAUUACCACGUUGAUGGUUCCCCAAAGCCUGGAUCAUUGCCUCCUAAUGUAUCGGCUGCUGUUAAUGGUGUGGCGUUCUGUGGAACUUUAGCAGGCCAGCUAUUUUUUGGUUGGCUUGGUGACAAACUAGGGAGGAAGAAAGUGUAUGGGAUGACCCUUAUGCUCAUGGUCAUAUGCUCGGUUGGUUCAGGUCUUUCGUUUGGACAUGAGCCUAAAUCUGUGAUUGCAACCCUUUGCUUCUUUCGCUUCUGGCUUGGUUUUGGAAUUGGUGGUGACUAUCCACUUUCUGCCACUAUCAUGUCUGAGUAUGCUAACAAGAAGACUCGUGGUGCCUUUAUAGCUGCUGUGUUUGCGAUGCAAGGAUUCGGAAUUCUGGGAGGUGGUAUAUUUGCAAUCAUAGUUGCUUCUGCAUUCAAGGCAGCCUUUGACGCUCCGGCAUACGAGGUUGAUCCAACUGGCUCAACUGUCCCACAAGCAGACUUUGUUUGGCGUAUAAUUCUGAUGGUUGGUGCACUCCCAGCUGCACUCACUUACUACUGGAGAAUGACGAUGCCUGAAACUGCUCGGUACACGGCCCUUGUAGCCAAGAAUGCAAAGCAGGCUGCCUCUGAUAUGUCAAAGGUUUUGCAGGUGGACAUUGAGUCAGAAGAGCAGAAGGUUGAGCAGAUAGCUCAGAACAGGAGCAAUGCUUAUGCUUUGUUCUCUAGAGAGUUUGUUCGUCGACAUGGUCUUCACUUGCUUGGAACAACAACUACAUGGUUCUUGCUUGACAUUGCAUUCUACAGCCAAAAUCUUUUUCAGAAGGAUAUCUUUAGCGCAAUCGGGUGGAUUCCUCCUGCAAAGACAAUGAACGCCCUGGAGGAAGUUUACAGAAUUGCAAGAGCACAAACACUUAUUGCUCUUUGCAGCACUGUUCCUGGCUAUUGGUUUACAGUGGCCUUCAUUGAUAAGAUGGGAAGGUUUGCUAUUCAA